GCGUCAGCUUCACACACAGCGGAGUUUCCCGAGUUCGAGACUGUUUGUAGAGAAGCGUUCGAGCGAGAAAAUGUCUGAAGCAGCACCUGCUCCCGCCGCGGCCGCUCCGGCCAAGGCCCCCAAGAAGAAAGCCGCCGCCGCCGCCAAACCCAAGAAAGCGGGUCCCAGCGUCGGAGAGCUGAUCGUGAAGGCCGUGUCCGCUUCCAAGGAGAAGAGCGGACUCUCUCUGGCUGCCUUGAAGAAAGCUCUGGCGGCGAGCGGCUACGAUGUGGAGAAGAACAACUCCCGCGUCAAGUUGGCCCUGAAAGGCUUGGUGACCAAAGGCACCCUGCUUCAGACCAAGGGCACCGGCGCCUCUGGCUCUUUCAAGCUGAACAAGAAGCAGGCCGAAGCUACCAAGAAGCCCGUCAAGAAAGCGCCUGUCAAAGCCAAGAAGCCGGCGGCCAAGAAACCUGCCGCGGCUAAGAAGCCCAAGAAGCCAGCGGCCAAGAAACCCGUGGCCGCCAAGAAGUCACCCAAGAAGGCCAAGAAGCCAGCUGCACCCAAGAAGGCGACUAAGAGCCCCAAGAAGCCUAAGAAGCCAGCGGCGACAGCAGCCAAGAAGGCAACCAAGAGCCCGAAGAAGGCAAAGGCGACUAAGCCCAAAGUUGCCAAGCCUAAGCCCGCCAAGGCCAAGAAAGCCGCUCCCAAGAAGAAGUGAGCGUGCAAAGUGAAUUUCUCUCUUGACCACAAAGGCUCUUUUAAGAGCCACCCCACCAACAUCAUAAAGAUCGCAAAAUUUCUCCGCUUUUCCUAUAGUGAGACAGCUGGUGUGUGCGUUCUGAUGUGUACUUGGUUCGUUUUUUUUUUUGUGUGUGUGGCCAGCGAAAUCCAUACUCGAUUAUCAGGGGAAGCUGUAGCCCGUGUGCGGACACAUGUUGCACUGACAUGGGUGGUGUGUGGCGCCGUGCCUGUGAUGGCGCGUGAUCGCUGUCUCUGACCCUGUUCUCUACUACUCACUUGUACGCCGCUUGGGCAGCAGCGUCUGCUAAAUGUAAUAAAUGUCAUUAAACAUGGAAGACACUUGUAAA